UAUAAAUACCCCGCUCUAGUUCUCCCCUGGUCUUCGGAUUCAAACCCGCUGCAAUUUCAAGCCCAAACCAGACAUUGAAAAUUUCGAAUCAACGUUUCUUCUUCACCAAGCUUCUCAGGUUGAUUUUGAAGGUGCUCGAGUUUAGGUAUUGUUCUAGGAAUUAUAAAGCUGCAUAUAGUUGUUGACUACGAAGGGUGUGGUUGAUCAGUUUCUGCACUGGGAAUAAUAUUUCUUUUCGGAUUACAUAUUGUGGAGAAGAGCUGAUGUUAAAAGCAUAGCUGUGGAGAAGAGCUGAUGUUAAAAGCAUAGCAUGGACUCACACCAGCUUUUCGGACUUGGUGUUUCUAGUGGAGGAUUAUCGUACUCAUCUUCUCAUCCCACUGUCCCUUCUGUAGCUAAUAGGUUGAUUGAAUCUCUAAAAUUUGACAUCAGAAACUCACCUAACUCGCCUUUUUCAAGUCAGUUUGAGUGUGAUGCAGUUACUACUUUGAGUGACAGCCAGGAGCACCACAGCUCUCCAGAGAAUCUUUCUGGGCUCAGCCCUUCUUGUAAUUCUUCACUGGAAUCCAGCAGUUAUUAUCAUCGGUUAAGCCCUUCUGUAGACAGCCGAGCCCUCUAUCCUGGUGGGACUUCAUAUGUAGAGAAUGCAAAUUGUAGCCAGAAGAUAGAAUACUUUUUGCAGGAAUUAGAGACUGAACUGAUGGCACCUGAUAGAGACAAAGAAGUAACCACACCGAAUGCUUCUUAUGGGGAGAGUAGUAGUCUGCAUGCAUCUGGCCAUCAUAGAUCUAGAGAUGCUUGGAGCCAGGACCGUCAGAGUUCACAUGUGAUUCAGCCGAAGCCAUCCGCUAUUUCUAGGUAUAGGCAGUCGGGCGAAGUGGCUCCAGUAGAAUCAUCGUUGCAGUGUUUUCCUUCAGGCAAUCUGAAGCAGUUAUUAAUUGCAUGUGCUAAAGCUCUCUCUGAAAACAACAUAAAUGAUUUUGAUAGGUUGAUUGCAAAGGCUAGAGGUGCUGUAUCUAUCAGUGGAGAACCAAUUCAGCGUCUUGGUGCUUACAUGGUAGAAGGGUUGAUAGCAAGGAAGGAAAAAUCGGGCUCUAAUAUAUACCAUGCUCUUCGUUGUAAGGAGCCCAAUAGCAAGGACUUACUUUCUUAUAUGCAUAUCCUGUAUGAAAUUUGCCCCUACUUGAAGUUUGGUUACAUGGCAGCCAACGGGGCCAUAGCUGAAGCAUGCAAAAACGAGGAUCGCAUCCAUAUUGUCGAUUUCCAGAUAGCUCAGGGAACACAAUGGAUGACUCUCUUGCAGGCGCUUGCAGCUAAACCUUCUGGGCCCCCUCAUGUGCGGAUCACAGGAAUUGAUGAUCCUGUUUCAAAAUAUGCCCGUGGUUAUGGAUUGGAGGCAGUUGGCAAACGUUUGGCAGCAAUCUCUCAGAAAUUCAAUAUUCCUGUUGAGUUUCACCCUGUACCAGUUUUUGCUCCCAAAGUGACCCUGGAAAUGCUUGAUGUCAGGCCUGGUGAGGCUCUUGCUGUGAACUUCCCUCUGCAGCUCCACCACACCCCAGAUGAAAGCGUUGAUGUGAACAACCCAAGGGAUGGGCUUUUGAGGAAGAUAAAGUCCCUUAAUCCGAAGGUGGUAACCUUGGUGGAGCAAGAAUCAAACACAAACACUGCUGCUUUCCUACCUAGGUUCAUUGAAGUGCUGAACUACUACUUGGCAAUGUUCGAGUCAAUUGAUGUGACCAUGCCAAGGGACCAAAAGCAGCGAAUCAAUGUAGAACAACAUUGUUUGGCCAGGGAUAUCGUGAAUGUUAUUGCUUGCGAGGGGAUGGAGAGGGUGGAGCGACACGAACUCUUUGGCAAAUGGAAGUCUAGGUUUACAAUGGCAGGAUUCCGGCAAUGCCCAUUAAGCCCAUAUGUCAACUCUGUGAUUAAAAGCUUGCUGAGGUGUUACUCACAGCAUUAUAAACUGGUGGAGACUGAUGGGGCUAUGUUGUUGGCGUGGAAAGACAGGGACUUGAUCUCGGCAUCUGCUUGGAACUGAGUGUAAGAAUAUACAGAUAGAUACAGAAAUAAAAUCUUGAUUUGUCUUAGGUUGUAGACGAUAACCACCUAGCGAUGAUGUGUUAUUGCUUGGCGGUUAACAAUGUAACAUCAGGCAUUGGAUGUGUAUAAUGAGUGUUGCCUUCGGUGUAAAAAAUUCAAUGGCUGGCAUUUGGUUGUUUAUGUAUUUCUGUAGCAUUAGGUCUGUAACCAUUGUUUCUUUUAUAUAAAUAUUUCUUUGUUAAAAUUUUGAUUAU